AUGGCGUCCCUCGCGCCAGGAAUCCUCCUCAAACUCCUCCAAUGCAUGAACUCCGGCACACGCCCCACCGGAGACCACAGAUCCGCAACCCUACAAGUCACCGGAAUCGUACCAGCCCUCGCCGGCUCCGAUCUAUGGCCCAAUCAAGGCUUCUACGUCCAGAUCUCCGACUCCUUAAACUCCACCUACGUCUCCCUCUCCGAGCGCGACACAGAUCUCAUCCUCACUAACCGUCUCCAGCUCGGCCAGUUUAUCUACCUCGAACGCCUCGAAUUUGCAACCCCGGUCCCACGCGCCGCCGGAAUCCGCCCCGUCGCCGGCCGUCACGCCUUCGUCGGAACCCCGGAGCCGCUAAUCGCACGCGUGUCUCCUGGAUCUAAACGCGAUUUCGUCAUCCAGCCGGUUUCCGAUUCCGAGUACUCGCUUGACCCAAUCGCCGUUUACUUAAACAACAGACGCUUCAACGACGACGAAAACGACGAUACGACGGUGGUUCCGAAACCCAACGGGAGACAACCGCUUGCUCCGGUGAAUCAAAACGAAGAGAAUCGUAGCCAAAACCGCAAUCAGAAACCUAAGCAAACACCACAGAGAUUCUCCUCACCAGCAUCGUCUAAACAGCGGUCAGUCUCAUCGGGGAAAAAGAGCAUUUCCGGUGCCGGGGAGAGAGAUCCAUCACCGGCGGUUUCCGGGAAAGGAAGGAGAUCUGCGUCUCCGGUUCCGUCGAAAUGCGUGGUGCCGAGUCUCGCGGCGGCGCGUGAGGAGAAUAGGAAAGUUGCUAAAGAGCCGGCGAUUGUUGUGCCGUCAAGGUAUAGGCAGCCAUCACCUAACGGAAGGAAAGUGAAUCCAUCUCCUAGUGGGAGAAGAAUGUCGAUCUCGCCGGGAAGAAGGCUUUCGAGUGGUUUGAAAAUGUCUCCGAUGGUUGGAGAUUCUUCCGGAAAGAAGAAGAUGGCGGCGAUUGCAGCCGGAAUUUCGAAAGUCUCCGAAGCUUUGGUUGGAUCUUCGGCUAAGAAUUGUAACCGGAAAAAUUGGGAUGAACAAGCUAAUACCGAUGGCAAUGCUCAAACUGAUCUGAAGGAGAAGGUCAUUUUUAAGAAUAAACACGAUCUUCAGGGAAUUUUGAGAACUCAGGCUGCUAUGUCGAGACGUCUUAGUGAUGCAAAUAGAAGAAAGAGUGAUUCUUCUUCGGUAUGUGAAGAGAAAGCUUCAUCAGAAAGUAGUUUAGUAGAAGAAGUCUCAGGCUUUGAAGGACUUGGUAUCACUUAUCAUGAACGGAAAUGGACUGAUGGGAGUGUUCCAUUAGAUAAUAUCUCAGAGGAGCUUGCAAAGCUUGUAAAGGAAGCUAUGCAAAGAAGAAACUUUGCUGCUAAAGCUGCCGCUCGAGCGUUGGAAGAAGCUAAUGCCAAUGAGUGCAUCGUAAGAUGUUUAAGUAAAUUCUCUGAACUUUCUUCGUUCUCUAAAGUUGGGAAUCCGUUGCGAAUCAUCAACCAGUUCUUGACAAUCUAUGAAGAUGUCAUCAAAUAUAGUCACAUAGCAAACUCUAUAGCUUCAGACAACAGUUUUAGUUCGUCUUCUGAUCAACAAGACUCAAUCUCUCUUUGGGUUGAAGCUGCAUUAGCUACUAACCUCGACGUCGUCUCGCUAGUGAAAAGCCAAGAAUCGCCAUCGUCGUCUGCGAAGAAAUCAAUGCCUACUCGCCUCUCUACAAAGACAGACAAUAUUGUUGGGAUGUGGACAGACGUAGGCGGCUUGAAAGAAACGGCUAAAUUCGCGGUGAAGCUGCAAUCGGAAAUGCAAACGUGGUUCAUUGGGUUUGUGGAAGAGUCGUUGGAGAACAAAAACGCAGCGGCGGUGAGGCCUUUAGAUGGUAGUUCCAUAGCUGCUGUUCUGUCACAGCUGAAACAAGUCAACGAGUGGUUGGACCGGGUCGUGUCGGAGCAAGAUAACCAGAUCACAGACAAGAUCGAGCGGCUGAAACGCAAGAUCUAUGGAUUCGUGAUUCACCACGUCGGUUCCACUUAUGACAAAACCUCUUCUUCUUCUUGA